AUUUAUAAUUUAAAUAAAAACAAAUAAAAUUACCUAACUACCCUCACCCUCCUUCUUCUUCUCCUUCUUUCUUUCUUUUUCUUUCUUUCCUGCCCUGGGUCUCCAUGGCUGCGACGAACCCAGCAUGCUGGAUCUCGUCGGAACCCAGCCUGCUGGGUCUCGACGGAAUCCAGCCUGCUGGGUCUCGUCGGAACCUAGCCUUGCUGGGUUCGGGGAGACCCAGCCUUGCUAGCAAGGCUGGGUCUCGACGGAAUCCAGCCUUGUUGGGUUCGGGGAGACCCAGCCUUGCUGGGUUUGUGGAGACCCAACCAGAUCUGGGUUUGACGAAACCCAGAUAUGGCUGGGUUUCCCCGAACCCAGCAAGGCUGGGUUCCGACGAACCCUACUGGGUCUCGUCGAACCCAACCUGGGUUCCGAUGAACCCUGCUGGGUCUCGUCUAACCCAACCUUGCUGGGUUUACCCGAACCUAACUGUUGGGUUCGACGAGACCCAGCUGGGUUCUUUGCUGUUUCGGUGCUAAAUUCAUGUUUUUCAUUCUUCUUUGGAUUUUCAUUUUCGGUUGUUAAUAAAUUUGAGAGUUGAUU